AUGAUUGAGGUACCAACACAAGCUGUCAUGCCCUACGCAGCCAGCGUGCGUCUUCAUUUCAUACAUGUCUUCAAAGACGUGCUUGGCCGCUAUCGCAUACAAAUGUGGAUGCAAGGAGAUGACAUCGCAAGGGAGGAAAGCGACCGCAUCGAGAGGGAACGGCGCGAGGGUUUGAUGGUGCCCUCGACCCAACUGGCCAUUGGCAACUUCAUCGCCAAACACUGGCAAGGCAUCCCGGAAGAGAUUGGUCCUUUAAAGGCCGGCGCAUUCAACGCUCUUUUCCGAUUGACGUACCGAGACGGCGGCUCAGUCGUCAUCCGCUUCGCCACGCCGGGCAGGACAAUGUUUCCCGAGGAGAAGAUUCGAAAUGAAGUCGUCGCAUGA